AUGGCGAAUUCAAACUUGAAGAUUCUCAACGUCAGUGGAUCUUUUCUGGAUGCACUAGUGACGUGUGCCACUGGAGCACUUCUGGACGUUCGUUUGCCACGAGUUGAGCUGGAUUUGGACGAAGACAUGGUGCCGAACACUAGCGAUAUCCAGGUGACUGAGCAGUAUGAAAGUAUCCAGUUGGCGGAUCUGCCUGUUCUGAGUACAUUCAUUGUGCUUGAUGUGCCGUCGAAAAAUGAGAUGAAAAUUCUUUGUGAUCCCCCAGCUGAACUGUUCGAAUUGUUACCGAAUCAGAUGAAUAUUUUGGUUGGGAAUGGUGGAAAGAUCUACCGAACAGUGAUCAACGGCUACUGUGGUGAUGAGAGUAUCAUCCAGAAACUUUUCGCUCUAGCGAGUUCACGGCAAAAAGUUGUUGCCGAAGCGUUGCUAGCAGCUAAAGAAGCACAUCUUAAGAAAACACUGAAGAAUUAA